AUGAGCGAUCAGAUCCCCAGAGUAAAAGCACACGGGUCCCAAGAAUGGAGAGAAACCGCUAAAGAUGUGACCGCUGGCGCAGCAGGGGGAGUCGCUCAAGUACUCAUCGGCCAACCAUUCGACCUGGUCAAGGUCCGUCUGCAGACCCAGAAAGGAGGUAACGCGUUCUCUGUCACCCGCCAGAUCUGGGCCGAUGAAGGGCCACUCGCAUUCUACAAGGGCACGCUUAUGCCAUUGCUGGGAGUUGGCGCGUGUGUCAGCAUCUCAUUCGGCGCAUUGCACACCUUCCGCCAAGCGAUAGAAUCGCACAACCGCCAGACCCGCCCCUCGCAGGACCAGACCCUCUCUCUGCCCCAGUUCUAUGUUGCAGGCGCGGGCGCGGGACUUGUCACGAGUAUCGUCUCCGGUCCGGUCGAGCAUAUCCGUAUCAGACUUCAGACGCAACCGCACGGGAUAGGGCGAAUCUACUCAGGGCCGUUUGACUGCGCAAGGAAGUUGAUCAGGGCGGAAGGGUUGGCCGGGCUAUAUAGGGGACAGGUGAUGACCGUCGUUCGAGAGAUGCAUGGGUAUGGUGUGUGGUUCGCGACGUAUGAGGGUCUCGUCCGGUGGGCGAUGCAUCAGCAGCGGAAACGACGCGAGGAGCUACCCGGUUGGCAGAUUGCGCUGUACGGAGGCGUGGCGGGGGAGGCACUUUGGCUAUUGAGUCAUCCGAUUGAUGUGAUCAAGAGUAAGAUGCAGAGCGACGGGUUUGGAAUGGAGAGGAAAUAUCACGGGUUGAGAGAUGCGGUCCGGGAUACCUGGGCUGGAAGUGGGCUGAGGGGAAUGUUUUAUGGGAUUGGGCCGGCGCUCUUGAGGGCGAUGCCGGCGUCUGCCGGUACUUUCGUGGCGGCCGAGUUUGUGCGCAACAUGCUGGGCUAA